GAAAAGAAAAAAAAGAACAGAAAAUACAGAGACUCUCUCUCUCUACUCUCAGAUAGAAACGAAUUGGACUCUUUGACGGAAAAUGGUGUCGUCUUCAGAGGGUGGGGAUCCGAACCCGAUCCGAAAGCUUCUGGGGCUCGGGUUCUGGGUUCAGGGCUUCAGGUGCUUCCCAUUGAUGGCUUUGAACUUCUUUCUCAAGGACGGCCUCAAUGUCGACUCCUCCGCGCUCCAGCUCCUCCUCAACUCCUCCAACUUCCCCAUGGUCGCCAAGCCUCUCUACGGCAUAGUUUCUGACGCUGUCUACAUCAAUGGCCAGCAUCGCAUUCCCUACAUCGCCGUCGGAGCUUUAUUACAAGCACUGUCAUGGCUAGCUAUAGCAAUAAUCUCCCCGUCAAGCAUCUCAAUCUUCACCAUUACUGUAUAUCUCCUCCUCAGUAACCUUGGCGCUUCAAUAGCGGAAGUUGCGAAUGACGCCAUUGUUGCAGAGGUAGGAAAACAACCAACUUCCUCUUCUAAAAUUUCUCAACCGUCUUCCUCAGGAGAGCUCCAAUCAUAUGUUUGGAUGGCUUCCUCUGCUGGUGGAGUCCUUGGAAACCUCCUAGGUGGUAUUGUGAUUGAUCGGUUCUCUCCCCAAACUAUGUUCCUGUUUUUUUGCCUGCUCCUUGCUCUCCAGUUUUUCAUCACCGUUACUGUUCUCGAAAGCUCUCUUAACCUUCCCAAGAGCAAAGUCAAUGCUGGGAUUAGAAAACAACUUUCACAGCUCUCAGCCGCAUUAAGAAAACCUGAGAUUGCUUACUCAAUAACAUGGUUUGCAGCAUCUUAUGCCAUAAUUCCAGCACUAACUGGCACCAUGUUCUUUUACCAGACGCAAUAUUUGAAGAUUGAUUCAUCAGUAUUGGGUCUCUCUAAGGUGUUUGGUCAGGCAGCUAUGCUUCUAUGGAGCUUUAUCUAUAAUCGUCACUUGAAGACAGUCCCACCAAGGAAACUGAUUUCAGCUAUUCAGGCAUUGAUGGCUGUAUUUAUGAUAUCAGACGUGUUGUUUGUGAAGGGGUUCUACAAAAUGAUGGGUGUGCCGGAUGCUGUCUAUGUUGUGAUUUUCUCAGGCUUAUUGGAGGUUCUCUUCUUUUUCAAGAUUCUGCCGUUCAGUGUUCUGAUGGCGCGGUUCUGUCCUCCAGGAUGUGAAGGAUCCCUAAUGGCAUUUGUCAUGUCUGCUAUAGCCCUCGCAUUCAUAGUGAGUGGAUUCCUUGGCGUUGCACUUGCAUCAUAUGUUGGGGUUACAGGAGAUCAGUUUUCUGGGUUUCCUCUUGCCCUCCUAAUACAGGCAAUGUGCACGGUUUUGCCAAUUUAUUGGUUAUCCUAUGUACCUGAUGACCUGAAAUUCAAAUCCAGGACUAAAAAGGAGUAACUUUUGACACAGGCAAUUUCAAAAAGAGGGACGCAUCUUUGGUUUAUCAUUUCUUCCCUUACAAUUUUCUCCUUUUCUUUUUCUUCUAGUGUACAAUAAUACUUCCAUACAAUACAAUAUUUGUAUAUCAAUUAACAAAUAAUCGUAUUCUACUGUUUUGUUCAA